AAAACUGAAUUGUUCAGACCCUCUUGUAAAACGAUAUCUUAAUCUUAUCAAUGAUUUAAUUAAGAGUCAUAAAAGAUAACAAAAAGUGAAUUACCAUGACAUAUUUUGAUGUGAAACACAAGUUUUCCAUAAUAACUCUUGGGGUGCCAGAUAUUGGCCUUAAUAUUGCAAAAGAACUACUGAAAAAUGGGGGUGUUGCCUUAAUUGGGCCAAAAUUACCCAGUAAAUCUUUGCAAGACAUUGAAGAGACUUAUGGGCCAAGUAAUGUGGUUUCUAUUGAAGCCAACCUAGCAGAUAUUAACCAGUUUGAAGCUGCCAUUAAAAAAUCCCUGGAAAUUUUUAAGCAUCUGGACAUUUUGGUUAAUACCGCAGACUGGAGUGACUCAGACCAAAUGAAACACACCCUUAACAGCCUCAUUUUGGGCUUUGAAAAGUAUUUACCCACAAAAAAGUCUGGCACCCAAGCUGUUCUGAUAAACAUUUUAUCAACCGCUCAGGGAGAAGUUAAUAACAAUUCAAAAUCUUUGCUUUAUGGGUUAACACACUCGUGGGGCACCAAGGAUUCCUAUGGAAGCAGUGAUGAAGUGAAAGUCUUAGGGCUCUAUGUUGAGAAACAUGCGGUUCGCCAGAGGGUGGAACAAUGUGCAAUAUCGGCCGUGGAAGUGCUAGAAAAGUCCAAGUCGAGAGUAUUAUGGAUUCUAGAGGGCCAAGUGCCUGUGGAGUUCGUUUUGCCUGAACGGCACCCGAAUGCGGAACAAAAAUGGUGGUUUAAUAGUAAAUAAAGUUGCAAGAUGUU